AUGUCAAUUAUAACCUUCAUCAUUCUUUGUACUACUAUCUAUUACACGGAAAGUACCGUGUAUGAUAUUACCAGUUCAACGUCGAACUGGCAAUCCAUUCUUAGUAAUUUGAAAGCCGGUGAUAUCGUCACGAUUCAUCAAGGUACUUAUACGACAGCGGGCUCUGGAUAUUUUCAACUGACAUUGAACGGUCAAUUAACACAACCAAUCAUCAUUCAAGGUGCAUCAAAUGAAGCACGUCCAAUCAUUCAGAGUCCACAAGCUGGUGCAAAUGUUCAAAAUAUUCUCAAUAUUCAAGGUUCAAAUUUUAUGUUGAAACAUUUGUCAUUUACCCGAGGUUCAAGAGGCAUACGCUUAGGACCGGCUACUACCUCGAAUGCGAUAUUUGAUGAUAUUUAUAUUUACGACACAACGGGUACAGCAUUCUCAGCCAACGAUGCAGGAAAUGAAUACUUCAAUAUUACACUGCGAAACAGUGAAAUCAAAAACACGAAUGCUCUCGGUGCCACAACGGGCGAAUGUGUUUAUUUCGGUUGUGUGAAUGACGCAUGUCGUGUACGAGAUUCGCUUCUAGAACACAAUUAUUGUCAUGAUACACCCGGCUCACAAGGAGGUGCAAGAGCUGCAUUUCAAGUUAAAAGUGGUUCAUACAAUGUAAUAAUUCGUAACAAUGCUUGUUACAAAGUUGUUGGACCAUGCAUUGUUGUUUAUGAUGACUAUAAUCGUGGACGAAAUUUGAUUAUUGGUAAUUUGGCAAUCAAUGCUGGCACAGCUGAUCUCGGCAUACAAUGUACAUCAGGAGCAACAAUUACGAAUAAUAUUGUCAUUAACGCUAAUCUGGCUGGCAUUGGCGUGAUUCAGAAUUCGAUCUAUCCCGUUGUCGGUUAUAUUCGAAAUGUAACUAUAAAUCAAAAUACUGUUUACAUGUCACAAGCAGAUGCAUGUCUGCGUUUGAAUGGUUUAACAAAUAAUAACAUUCUAAUUGCAAAUAAUGUACUAUAUUGUGGAAAUCAAAAAUCAAUUACAUCCGCCACUAAUCUAGCUGGCUAUCCAAUUUAUAAUAAUGCCGUGAAUGGUCCUAUUGGUGCGUCAGGAAUUCAAUCCAAUGGAAUAUUCACUGUUGAAAACAAUGUCUUUGCUGAUGUUAAUAAUUUUAAUUUCUAUCCAGCCACAGGCUCUCUAUUGAUCAAGGCCGGUGCAUAUUUAGAAAAUCACCAUGUUGCUUAUGAUUUCAAUGGAAAACAACGAUCGAAGACGACACCAACUGUUGGUGCCUACGAAUUUUCUACUACAACCAAUCCUGGUUGUUCAAUAACAAAAAAUUUUAAAUGUGGUUCAUCUACAGCUGUUGUGCCAAACUUUUCCAUUUAA